CGUUCACUUCUCCCAUUUUUCUUCAUAGAUUGUUGCUCCUCCGCCCGCAACAUGUCACUCCCCGCCAACAUUCUUAUCAUCGGCGGAGGGGUCUUCGGCCUAUCUACGGCUCUCUCCCUCUCGCACCGCCAUCCCAACUCCCAAAUCACCCUCCUGGAAGCCUCCCCGAUAAUCCCCAACCCGCAUGGCUCCUCCGUCGACUCCUCUCGCAUCGUUCGUGCCGACUACUCCCAACCACACUACGCCAAACUCGCCGCUGAGGCUCUCGAUCUCUGGCGCAACACCGACUGGGGCAAGGAAGGCCGUUAUACCCAGAACGGUCUCCUCCUGGUCUAUCCUCCCGGUAGUACCAAUGCCCGCGACUACGCCAACAAGAGCUACGAAAACGUCAAGCAAAUCCCCGGUCAAGAUGUCGAGCUCCUCCCCACUCGCGAGGACGUCGCACGUGCCGCCCCGGCCUACGGAGUGAAUCUCAGCGUCGAAGGAGGCUACGUGAACUGGGGCUCAGGCUGGUCCGAUGCUGAAGCGGGUGUCCGGUACACCAAGCAGCGUCUGGACCAAGAAGGCAAAGUGAUCUUCAAGACCGGUGACGUGAGCAGUCUCCAAUACAGCAACGACAAGUCCAACAGAGUCACUGGAGUCAACCUUGCAGACGGAUCAUCCCUAACAGCCGACCUUGUCAUUCUCGCAACAGGAGCCUGGACCGCCAAGCUCGUCGAUCUACGCGGUCGAACCGUCCAGACCGGUCAAGCAAUCGCAUACAUCCGCAUUUCGGACGAAGAACAGAAGCGGUUCGAGCAUAUGCCUACGAUUCUCAACUUCGCGACGGGCAUCUUCAUCAUCCCGCCGCGGAACAACAUGCUCAAGAUCGCCCGACAUGCAUACGGUUACGUUAACCCCGUCCAGGUCCCGGUUCCUGGCACCGCCCAGGAUGAAGGAAAGAGAAUGAAAGUCAGUCUGCCAGAGAAGGGAGUUCCUAUUCCUGCUGAAGGCGAAAAAGCAUUCCGGGAGGCUUUGAAGGAGCUGAUUCCCUCCUUUGCGGAUCGGCCGUUCGCUGAGACUCGCAUCUGCUGGUAUACUGAUACCCCCAAGGGCGACUUCAUCAUAACCUACCACCCCGACCAUCCUGGUCUCUUCCUCGCUACAGGCGGCAGUGGUCAUGGAUACAAGUUCCUCCCCGUGCUGGGCGACAAGAUCGUCGACGCGCUGGAAGGUAAGCUGGAGCCUGCACUGCAGGACUUGUGGAAGUGGCCUGCUGCAGUGCCGGAGAGUGAGUUUGAUGGAACCGAGGAUGGCAGUCGCUCGGGACCGAAGGGGAUGCGGUUGAUGGAUGAGUUGUUGAAGACGAGAAAGGCGAAGAGGGGCAGUUUGUUGUGAGGGAAAAAAAAGUGAUACGUGCCUAUAGAUUAGAGUUUGCUGUUCCGUCGACCUCACUAGACGGUAUAUAUCGAUGGUGUAAAUAUGCAGUGGAAGGUAUGUGGUCGGAUGAAAUGCAGAUUUCGAGACAUCGUCUGGCUCGAUCCUAGGAAAACUGGGCAGUUCAACUGCAAGACAUGGGAAUAUAUCCGUCCAGUAAACUCACACCCAAGGUGAUAGUACAUGAAUUCACAUUCAAGGUAGAGAGUCCUUGCCUAAGCAGGAUGGGCAGUUACUGCCUUUCUAGUAUAUCUAUCAACCACGCAAGGAAGCGAAUUGGAAAAUGUACUCGAC